UCGCUGUCAUGCAACCUCUCGACGUCGUUCGUACUAGGUUUCAAGUUAACGAUGGCCGAGUUUUCAAUCUUCCAACUUACAAGAACACGCCUCACGCUAUUUUCACAAUUGCUCGCUCGGAGGUUUUGUUGUUCCGCAUCACUUCCUAUAUGCGCAGCGUUUUGCUGCUAUGCCUUCUCCACUUAAAUUUGCUAUUUGAUACUAGGAUUUUCACUUUCCCUCUGUUGCUAUUUGAAAAUCAUGGAUACCUUGUUUUUCCAAUGGCAAAUAACUCUUCUUUUUUUAGUAAAAAAUUUAAGUUCUUGUCGUUGUUAGGACCCUGUUGUGAUGGUGAUGUGAUGAUUGAAUGUAAAUAGGAAAUGAUGUAUAUUUACGGUUGGAAUGUUGCAGGAAAUGGAAUGGAAAUGAAUACAAACUGUUUGAGGAAAUACCUCAAAGGGCCAUACGUAUAUUAAUAAUGGGAACUAUAUAUUAAUAAUGGGAAAUAGUUCGAGGCAAAUACCAACCUCCAGAUGAUCAAGUUCUUACAAGCAAAUUCAUAAUCAUCCUUUUACGCCUUCACUUCCUUUCUUAUGCAUUCCAGGAAUAACAAACUAAGCUAUUCAACACAAGACACGUGUACUGUAAAAAUACCAAACUACCUAGGACAAACUGGUAAUUGAAUAACACUCUGAAAAUAAUUAUAUUCUAGAAGACUCCACUGAACACAGCGUUUUAUUCUUCUCUGCAUGUUCUCUCUUUUCUGCACCUCAACACUACGUUGUGACUGUGAAGCUUUAAUGCAAUGGAAUGGACUGGUGGCAUAAUACUUGAGCUCUCACGUGAUCUGCUUGUUCCAACUGGGCUUCAUUACAAACUCCCCCACUUAAAGAACCUUGUCCUCAAGGGUUUGAGAGGGCUUUAUGCUGGCUUCUAUCCUGCGGUUCUUGGGUCAACUGUUUCAUGGGGUUUAUAUUUCUUCUUCUAUGAUAGAGCAAAACAAAGGCAUUCAAAAAGCAAGGAGGAGAAGCUGAGUCCUGGUCUUCAUCUUGCUUCUGCUGCAGAAGCAGGAGCUUUGGUGUGUUUGUGCACAAAUCCUAUUUGGCUUGUAAAAACAAGAUUGCAGCUUCAGACACCUCUUCAUCAAACUCAACCAUAUUUUGGCCUUUAUGAUGCCUUAAGGACCAUAAUUAGAGAAGAAGGGUGGAGUGCACUUUACAAAGGGAUUGUACCUGGUCUUUUUCUGCAGGUUUCCCAUGGUGCUAUUCAGUUCACAGCAUAUGAGGAACUCCGUAAGGUUAUUGUCGAUUUCAAGUCUAAAGACAGCAAAACUAAUUCUCAAUUUGAUGAUAAGUUGUUGAAAUCAGUCGAUUUUGCUGUUCUGGGUGCAUCGUCAAAAAUUGCCGCCAUUCUUCUGACAUAUCCAUUCCAGGUUAUACGAGCUCGAUUGCAGCAACGACCUAAUAGUGAAGGAAUUCCAAGAUAUAUGGAUAGCUGGCAUGUUCUGAAGGAAACUCUGCGGUUUGAGGGUGUCAAAGGUUUUUACAAGGGCAUUACACCAAACCUCCUGAAAAAUGUUCCUGCUGCGUCAAUAACAUUUAUUGUGUAUGAAAAUGUCCUAAAGUUGCUAAAAAUGACAAGAAGGAAGGAGUGAAUUUUUUUUGCUCUCGUCUCCUUUAAAUUAUCUGUAGCAACAGUGUACUUUGACAUCUUUGAUGCUCAAAGUGUGGUAAUAAAAAGUUUUGGCAUGCUCACAAGCCUCAGUAAAUUAUCUUAAGUGCA